AUGCGUCGUGUGUACAUAGUCUUAUUCGUUGUCCUAUCAACAUGUAAAUUAAUGAUGUGUAGGUUAUAUGAACAAAUGAAAGAAGUUGAUCCAAAUGAACGAGUACAAAUAGGUAGUUAUAGAGUUGAUGGUAAUGGUCAUCAAAAAUUAAAAGAUGUACCUGUAUCCGAAACAAAAUUUCAUGCUGAAAAUGUUGUUGAGAAUAUUUGUUCAGAAGUAACAGAAAAUUCUAAAGGUCAUAUACCAAAACGUUUAAAAAAUAUGUAUGAACAUGCUUGUGAUGAUAUAUUAGAAGAACAUCAUGAUCAAUUAGUUGACGUUUUAGUAGUAAAAGAGUUUAAUCAAAAUGAACGAACAUUAGCUGAUAAAUUCUGUACUGAUACUACAAACUUUUGUACUGCUGAACAAUUAACUGAUCUGUUUAAUUUGAUACCUCCAUCACCUUCACCAGAAUCCGACGAAGAAAACGAAGAAUUUGAAGACGAACCAACAACAAAUGAUAAAGUUGAACUUUAG